AUGAUCACCAAUCACCAUCAUGAGGCUCCGCUCGCCAAGACACCCCACAUCCGAGCCCCACCAGUGACGAUGUGCAAUCCGUUCAAGAAGCUCACCUCCAAACCGACCCCUAAACGCCCAGAUAUAUACAUUCCCAAACCUCCAGGCAUGUCUGGCGCGGAAGCGUUCCUCAUAUCGGGUCCUGCUCCCCGAAAGAAGCUUCGCGUUGUGUGCGUAUCUGACACGCACAACUCCUCGCCCAAGGAUGGCGUCUUCAAGGUUCCGCCAGGAGACGUGCUGAUUCAUGCCGGGGAUAUGACGAACCAGGGGUCCUAUUCUGAGCUCAAGAGGGUCGUGGAUUGGAUUGGUGAUUGUCCGCACGAGGUGAAGCUAGUCAUCGCCGGAAACCACGACGGGGUAACACUAGAUCCGGAAUUUCUCAAGGAGUUUGGGGGCAAUUUUCACAAUCAGGCGCCCCAGUCUCACGCCGAUAAUCUAGCUCUCUUCACCUCGCCAGAAGCUGUCGCGAAAGGCAUCGUUUAUCUUAACCACGAAUUCAAAACUAUUACUUUAAAGGAUGGACGAACGUUCAAUGUAUUCGGCUCACCCUGGGCUCCCAAGUGCGGUCUUUGGGGAUUUGGGUACAGCGAAGCACCAAGUCUCCAGUCGAGCAUGUGGAAAGGCAUCCCACUCGACACCGAUAUUAUGAUUACCCACGGCCCUCCCAAAUUCCACCUCGACGGCCCCAUGAGCAGCAGCGGCUGCGAGCACCUCCGACAAGCCGUCUGGACCGUCCGCCCACUCCUCCACGUCUUCGGGCACAUCCACCAAUCGCGCGGCGUCGAGCGCGUCCGCUGGGACCUCAAUUCCAAGUUCGUGAAAUACAAAGAAAAGUCCGUAACAGUUGUUGAAGACCCCGCCCCCGACAGCGCAAAGCAGUUUGUAGUAGAUCUGACCGAGAAGCGUCGCAACGCAUUGGACAACGAUGGCACACUGAAUGGAAGAAACGAAACAUGUCUUGUGAAUGCGGCAAUGGUUACAAGGCCCUGGAAGAAGGGUACAGCACACAGUGCGAGAAACAAAGCGGUCAUUGUGGAUGUGAAUGUGCAUGUUGUGGAGCAGCUUGGCCAGGCGGGCACUGGUUCCAAGCCUGAGGACGACGUUGAAAUUGAUGCUACGACGGCAUUAAACAAGGACAAUAAUACGGGUGAUGAUUUUUCCUUUUAA